UAUUUCACUUUGGUUCAGAUGUCGAAAUAACAGUGAAAGUCAUAGAAAAUAAUAAUAAUCUAUCGAAAAUGAAUAAACUAAAAUCGUCACAGAGAGACAAAGUUAAAAAGUUCGUCGCAUUCACGCAGACGAGUGAGACCACGGCGAUAUAUUGUCUGUCACAGAACGACUGGAAACUUGAUCUGGCGAGUGACAAUUACUUUCAGAAUCCUGAAGCGUAUUACAAGGACCCAGUAAAGACUUCAGUUGAUAGAAAAAAAUUAGAACAGUUAUUUGGGAAGUACAGAGACCAACAGGAGAAUGAUAAAAUAACAGUAGAUGGAGUAAUGAAGUUUUUGGAAGACCUCAAUCUAUGCCCUGAGUCUAUAUUAGUUUUAAUCAUAGCAUGGAAAUGUAAAGCGGCUGUACAGUGUGAAUUUACGAAGGACGAGUUCACUACGGGCCUCUUUGAGCUAGGAGCAGACAGUGUAGACAAAUUAAAAGCAAAAUUGCCAACGCUUGAAACAGAGAUUAAGGAUGCAAACAAAUUCAAAGAUUUUUAUCAUUUCACAUUUAAUUAUGCAAAGAAUCCUGGUCAGAAAGGUCUGGAUCUUGAUAUGGCUAUAGCUUAUUGGAAUAUAGUACUCAGGGGAAGGUUUAAAUUUCUGGACGCUUGGUGUAAAUUCCUAACGGAUAACCACAAAAGAUCUAUACCAAAAGACACAUGGAAUUUGCUAUUAGAUUUUGCAACACAAAUCGACGACGGUAUGAGCAACUAUGAUGCAGAAGGUGCAUGGCCAGUCCUGAUAGACGACUUUGUUGAAUGGUGUCAGAAGCAAGGUCUCACUGCGGAUGGGGUCAAAGCCCUAGAGGCGGCGUCCGGCUAGCUGACGCCCUACAGCUACCAGCACUAUGAUGCGAGGGUCCACAUACACGUGGAUACAGAAUGCCGUGAACGCAACUUAGUCCUCACCUUGUGGACUUACAUUCUAUUGUUGCUCUCGCGUAUUGUACUUUACAGUCUAGAGCUGUGUACAGUUGAGUGGUUCGCAAUAUUAAUCAUAUUCGAGUUGAGUAGCUGACUAAAUGCAUCAAUAUAUAAUAUAUGUGGAGAUAUGCACCAUCAAGUGAGUAAGAAAGUAGACAUGAUGUUAUGCACCAGAUAUUAACAUCAUUGUAACAAUUAGAACAGAACAUUUAGAUAUGGACACCAACAGUUUACAAUAUUGUAAGAGUGAGUACAGAAAAUAUAACAGUACACAACACAGAGUUGUAUUCACGAGCUCGAGUCAGUUACAACAUUAUGUGAGUGAAUACAUAUGGUGAUAAUUUCACUUUACUGUAUAGUGCUCUUGAACUAUUCGUCCGUUAGUUUAAAUUUUAGUGUAGAUUCUUGUUGAUUCAAUCCUAUUACUAUUAUUACCUUCACUAGGGUAUAAAUUUAAUUGAAGGAAAAGUAUUUUUUCCUGUUAAAAGAUAUUUUUAACGUUUUUUCGAAUUUUUCAACAAGGUUCUUACGUUAUAGAAUAGAACAACGGAAAAUAUAUAAAAUUAAGAUGUAAAUAUGUAUAUACACUAAUGAUAUUACUUAUUUAGUAUUAAUGCUUAGUUUGUUUACAUUUUCCUUUAUUGGGUCUGCUUGGAGGUUUUUAGUAGAAUUUUGUUUUUGUCAUUAUUUUAAUACAUUCAAAUCAUUUGUCAUUUUAAACUGUAUAUUUUUUUUAAUUUUAAAUACUAAAUGUAAUAUGUCGGCAGUUCAAUAAUUAUUUUGUGUGCAAUUAAAAAGGAAGAUGUGCAAUUGGUAUGUGCGCCUUAUUUUGACAGAGCUGCAGUUUUGAAUACUCUUGAGAGCUCUAUAGAUCUAUAUCUAAGAGCAUCAAUAGCUAUUCAGAAAUUACUAUAUAUUACUCCAUAAAUUUUCAAGAGCAUAAUCAAGUAGCGUUGUGAAUAAUUACUAAUUAAUAAGCUACAGUGUAUCUGCGACUUCACAACUGUACCUAUGUAUUUUAUUAAAGACAAGUAUUGUGCCUUCUCUUGCAUGAAACCUGACUUUUCCCAUACCCGUGGGAACUUAAGAAAACAGUUUUGUAAUAUACAAAGAAAUUGGGAACCUAAAUAUAUAGUUACGAAACAUAAUUAUUUUCUCAUCACUACUAUUAGUGAAGUAUUAUAUUUACUGUUUCAACAAAUAUUUCUAAAAAUUAGUUCGCAAUGAAGAAAUUUUAUCUAUAUUUAAAAAUAAUGUACAAAUAUAUAUAUCACUAUUAGCUGUGUGUUGAUAUGUCAGUAGUUUAUUUUAUAAAAUUAUAUCCAUUUAUAAUAAGUGUUGAUCGGAAUGCAAAAGUAAUUUAAUGUCGGCAUGAAAUUAAGUAUUGAUGGUUAUAAAUUUAAUUUGGGCGGGAAAACCACAAUACAAAGUAAGGGCGGUUCAGAGAGACCACUAUGUCUUACAUUUAUCCCCUAGAUGGCGCUAAAUUCGGCAUAAACAU